AUGUUGAAGCCAAGCGGACUUAAAAUUCCUGGGAGGACCGGGAAGCAUGCCAGUCCGGUGGGACGUCCUGGUGGGACAGCAGCAACUGCUUCCACAACCAGCAAUGCCACAAAGGAAGGAUCACCUCUGCACAAACAGGGUUCCACAUCUUCCACAGGUGCCUCUGAGAAGCUGCCAGGGUCAAAAAUUGCCGAGGUGGGCGAUGAUUUCCUGGGGGACUUUGUGAUGGGUGAACGUGUUUGGGUGAAUGGAGUGAAGCCAGGCAUAAUCCAGUAUUUGGGAGAGACCCAGUUUGCCCCUGGACAAUGGGCAGGAGUUGUUCUAGAUGACCCAGUUGGGAAGAAUGAUGGUUCUGUAGGCGGAGUGCGUUAUUUUGAAUGUCAGCCUCUCCAGGGGAUCUUCACAAGGCCCUCGAAGUUGACCCGCCAACCCACGACAGAGGGUUCAGGAAGCGAUGCUCAUUCUGUGGAGUCUCUGACAGCUCAGAACUUGUCCUUGCACUCCGGGACCUCCACCCCACCUCUCUCCACUCGCGUCAUUCCUCUACGGGAGAGCGUUCUCAACAACACCAUGAAGACUGGAAAUGAAUCUGGAUCCAACCUCUCAGACAGCGGAUCGGUGAAAAAAGGGGAUAAAGACUUCAGACUUGGGGAUCGUGUCCUUGUUGGUGGAACAAAAACCGGUGUGGUGCGCUACGUAGGGGAGACGGAUUUCGCCAAAGGGGAAUGGUGUGGUGUGGAGUUGGAUGAACCUCUGGGAAAGAACGAUGGAGCUGUUGCUGGAACAAGAUAUUUUCAGUGCCCACCAAAGUUUGGGCUCUUUGCUCCUAUCCAUAAAGUCAUCCGGAUUGGGUUCCCGUCCACUAGCCCAGCCAAAGCGAAGAAAAGUAAGAGGAUGGCCAUGGGUGUCUCAGCCUUGACCCACAGUCCCAGCAGCUCUUCCAUCAGCUCUGUCAGUUCCGUAGCCUCCUCUGUAGGGGGAAGGCCUAGCCGGAGUGGUCUGCUGACCGAGACUUCUUCUCGCUAUGCCCGGAAGAUCUCUGGCACGACAGCCCUUCAGGAAGCAUUAAAGGAGAAGCAGCAGCACAUCGAACAGCUCCUGGCUGAGCGUGACCUGGAGCGUGCUGAAGUUGCUAAGGCAACCAGCCGCAUAUGUGAGGUGGAGAAGGAGAUUGCCAUCUUGAAAGCUCAGCAUGAGCAGUAUGUAACUGAAACCGAGGGAAAUUUGCAGAGAGCACGCGCCUUGCUGGAUGGAUCACAGAAGGAGAAAGUAGAGCUGCUGAACCAGUUAGAAGAGGAGAAAAGGAAGGUAGAGGAUUUGCAGUUCCGAGUUGAGGAAGAAUCCAUUACAAAGGGAGAUUUGGAGACUCAGACGCAGAUGGAGCAUGCUCGAAUACGGGAGCUCGAACAGAGUCUCCUGUUUGAGAAGACCCAGGCAGCAAAGCUUCUCAGAGAAUUGGAGGAAAGCAGGUUAACUACCGUGGCAGAGAAGUCAAGAAUUCUUCAGCUCGAGGAAGAGUUGACCUUAAGGCAGAGUGAGGUUGAGGAGUUGCGGCAAUGUUUAAAGAAUGCUCAUCAGCCAGAGUCUCCAGAUCACAGCCUGGGCCUUCAGACGGAAACUCUCCGCUUACGUGACCAGCUGUUUUCAGCCAACAAAGAGCACCAGAAAGAGAGUACCCAACUGAAAGAGAAGUAUGAGAGGACUUUGAAGAAGCACCAGCAGGAGGUUGAAAAGUUGAAAGCACUCAAUGAAAAGUACUCCCAAGAGAUUGUGGAUCUCAAGCAAAAGGUUCAGCAGGCCACCAAUGAGAACAUGGGCUUAAUGGACAAUUGGAAGUCAAAGCUGGAUACGUUAGCAUCGGACCAUCAGAAGUCACUGGAGGACCUCAAGGCUACUUUGAACACAGGCUCUGACAGCCAGCAUAAGGAAAUAGUGGAGCUGAAAGCUGUGGUAGAAAGUAUCAAAUUGGAGCACCAUUUAGAGCUGGAGAACCUAAAAGCCAAGCACGAGAUUGAGAUGGCGGUUCAUAUUAAAGAGAAGGAAAGCCUUAAGCUGAAGGUACAAGACGUCAAGGAGGAAAUGGAAGAAAGCAACAACAAUUGGAAGACCCAGUUGGAAACCAAAACAAACCAGCAGCUUAUGGAACUUCAAGACCUGAAGGAUAAGUGUCGCGAUGCUGACUUCAGAGUUCAUGAGCUGGAGAAGCUACACGGUGAUUACAAAGACCAGGCACAAGCCAUCGCUUUCUUGAAAGAGCAGGUCUCCUUGGCUGAGAGAAAGAUGCUGGACUAUGAGACGCUGCAGAAAACUGAGCUUCAGAGUAAACAGGAAAUUCAGCGGUUACAGGAGAAAGUUCUUGUGUUAGAGAAUAAAUUGCACUCCACAGAGCCACUCCACUCUUCCCAACCUACCAAUAUGAUUGAAACAAAUGACAUUUCAGAAGAAAAGAUCAAGAUGAAACAAGCAAUGGAAGAUCUCCAGGACAAAUUGAGUAAAAAGGACAAAGAGGUAUCAUCGCUUGUCUCCCAGACGGAUACUCUAAGGGCCCAAGUAAGUGCACUGGAAAAUAGAUGCAAGAGCACUGACAAGAAGGCGGAUUCUGUGUUGAAAGAAAAAAAAAGGCUGGAAGCAGAUCUGGAAACAAUGUCAAGAAAAACCCACGAUGCUUCUGGUCAGCUGGUUCUGAUCAGCCAGGAGCUAUUAAAAAAAGAAAGAAGCCUGAAUGAACUGCGGGCAUUGCUAAUGGAAGCCAACCGGCAUUCACCCGGCCCAGAGAGAGACUUAAGCCGUGAGGUGCACAAAGCCGAGUGGAGGCUGAAGGAGCAGAAGCUCAAAGAUGACAUCAAAGGACUGCGAGAAAAACUCAGCAUCCUGGACAAAGAAAAAGCGGUCACGGAUCAGCGGCGGUAUUCCCUUAUUGAUCCUUCCUCGGAGACGGAGAUUCUCCGGUUGCAACACCGGUUGGUCAGCACUGAGGAUGUCCUGAGGAACGCCUUGGAGCAGGGCCAACAAAUGGAAAAACUGAUGGAAGCCAUGCGCAGCUGCUCUGAAAAAGUACAGACUAUUGGAAACUCUGGAUCUGCUAACGGGGUCCAUCAGCAAGAAAAAUCUCACAAGCAGGAGCUAAACAAGAGAUUGGUGUUGGUUUAUGAGCACUGGCUGUAUGAGGAGGAGUUAACCAAGAAUCCAGAUUCCAAUGACAAUGUGUUUUCUUGGGCUAACAGGCAAAAAGAAAUGAGAAUUUUUACUUAG